AUGGAGACGACGGCGAAGGCCUGCAAAGUGCCAGCGGUGGCGGCGGCGGCUCGGGAGAGGCGGGGAAGAGGCCGGAUAGGCGGCACAGAGGAGAGGACGCUGGAGCGGAAGCCAAGCAAGGUGAUGCUCGAGGGCUACGUUGGGGUCGGCGACGGUCGAUUGGGGCGGUCGACGAGUCUCACGUCCGAUGACCUCGAGGAUCUCAAGGGGUGCGUCGAUCUAGGGUUCGAGUUCAGCUACGAGGACAUCCCGAAGCUGAGCACUACGCUCCCGGCGCUGGAGCUCUGCUACCCGAGGGGCCAGCCGGCGGCAUCGGGGUCGCAGCGGGAUGGUAGGACGGAUGGAGAUUCGCCUGUGGCUUCGCCCCUAGUCGCCGAUUGGAAGUUCCUUGCUCCUGGAGAUGAUCCAAAGGAAGUUAAAGCAAGGAUCAAGUAUUGGGCUAAAGCAGUAGCGUGCAUUGUUAAACUAUGCAAAGAUUAA